CACUUUGCUAAAAUUAAAAACACGUGUUUUGCAUGCUGACUGCUGACAGAAUUCACAGAACCGACAAAAUAAUUUUGUUAUUUUGAGAUAAUGAAGUUAUUUGUGGUUAAUAGGUAUGGUGCCAAUGAGUCUGGAAUCAAGGACUCCUCAAUUCAAAAGAAGCGACUGGACGACCUUUUGAAGAAGGCGCAGAAACGGAAGGAAAGCGCUUCACAAGCUGCUCAAGAAGUGGAGGAGCAAGUUGCAAAAAAGAAAAAGAAGAAGCAAAAAAGGUCUGUGAAGGCAGACGAAGAGCAGGACAGGAAUGCAUCUGAAGAUCAACCUGAUUCUGACGAACCCAAAAAGGAUGAUUAUUCGAAUGUCGACGGUGGUCUUCAACCAGAGGGUUUCACUGUUAUUGGAAGGGAUCAGUUUAAAAGAAUCAAAGAGGUGAAAGGGGUUGCUCCGAAGUGGCUUGCCCAUCCAACUGUGAUUUCUGUAGACAUGAAAAAUUUAGAUGUCAAAGUGGAUGAUCUUCUUGAGCUUUCGCCUGUGUUAAAUAAGGCUUUGAAAAGAGAGAAUGUCGAGAAAAUGUUUCCUGUUCAGAGGGAUGUUAUUCCUUGGAUUUUGAAAGAAUACAGGAACAGUUUAACCGGAUACUGGCCAAGGGAUCUUUGCGUCUCUGCACCCACUGGCAGUGGAAAAACCUUGGCAUUUGCCUUACCCUUGAUUCAGAUUUUGAUGGAUGAGCCAAUAGUGGAAGUUCGAGCUUUAGUUGUUUUGCCAGUGCAGGAUUUAGCCAAGCAAGUCUUCUCUGUGUUCGAAACUUACUGCAAAGGCACCAACGUAAAAGUAGCUCUUGCUGUGGGUCAAGGAGAAAUUGAUAGAGAGCAGGAGCAACUAGUUCGCAAAGAUGCGUGUGGUAAUAUGCACUCGUUAGUGCACAUUAUCGUGACAACCCCAGGCAGAUUAGUUCACCAUUUGCGGGACACUGAAGGUCUUGAUGUGAGCAAACUCAGAUUCUUGGUUGUCGACGAAGCUGACCGAGUCAUGGACAGCACUCAAAGUGACUGGUUGUUCCACUUGGAGAAACGCAUUUCUCAAAGUAAAAGCACAGAUGGAUCAAAACGUGUCCUCGGCCAGAUUCCUCCGCUGACAAUUCAUACCUUCAAAACUACACAACCGCCCCCUCAAAAGCUGCUCUUUUCGGCAACAUUGUCUCAAGAUCCUGAAAAACUGGCAAAACUCACCCUCUUUCAGCCAAAAAUGUUCACCUGCGUUGUAAAGCCUCGUAAGCCAACAGAUACUGAAGAAACUCCCGAAGCAGACACAGACUUUGUUGGGCACUUUUCGAUGCCAGCCGAGAUUAAAGAACGGUACGUCCUUUGUGAAGACGAUGGUGCUAAACCUCUGCUGCUGCACUGCCUGCUGACGAAGAGAGAUGAAAAAUUUAACAAGAAGAAAGGACAUGGCAGCAAGACUCUCUGCUUCACUGCGUCUAGACUGGCAGCCCAUAGACUGUCCUUGUUGUUGCAAAAGUUGUCGGAAACGUCCAAAGUUAAAUUAAGAGUUGCAGAAAUCACUGCCGAGCUCAGGCUGAUGGAACGCAAUUGCAUUUUGCAAAGGUUUUCAAGAGGCGAAAUUGACGUUAUUGUGAGCUCUGAUGCACUGGCGAGAGGAAUUGACGUGCCUUCUGUAGAUUGUGUUGUUUCUUAUGAUGUCCCUCAAUUGGCAAAACUGCACGUCCACAGAGUGGGUAGAACAGGCAGAGCCGGACGCAAAGGAGAGGCCAUCACGAUCCUCUCCCCGCAGCAGCUUCCUUCGUUCCAACACAUGCUUCGUGGAAUUUCAAAAGGAAGUGGCAUCGAGGAGUUAAAGAGUCCCCAAGGGGAAAUGGAGGAGCUGGAAGAGGAGUACAAGAAGGCGCUGCUGGAAGUUCGAAAGCAGAUCGAGGUUGAAAAAGCACAGACCCUAGUUGUGAAGAAGAAGAAAAUUGGAGUGACACGAAAGAGAACUGGGAAGGUAUCAAAGAAAACGGUGAAAACAAAUCGAAGAAAAAUUAAUAAAAAGUAAAAUGGUGAUGUUAUAAAUUCACCGUUUUUGAAAACGGAAGAAUUUGGAAUU